AUGAGUGGCAUGUUAUUAGAGAGUGAAAGUGAUCAUGAAGAUUCUGAAAUUUCCAGUGGUUAUUCUGAGAAUGGUCGGUUAAUGAGUCAAGAUCCCUUGUCGUUAUCUACUGGUAAUGUAAUGCAGAGCAGGUUGGAGCAAUACAGCAAAAGACUUUCGCAAUUAGGAUUGGCUGCUACUGACGGUGAUAGCAAUGGAGAUGGGACUGAUAAUGAUAUAAUACCUUCUGAGUACGAUGAAGAGGAGAUUAGUGUACCUAAACAGGAGGUACCGAUGACUACUUCGUUGAUUUUGGACAAGUUGCCUCCUACUACUAAUGAAUUUUUGCAUCAAUUAUCGAUUAAAGAGAUGGAACAAGAUAUUGAAAAAACAGUUCAUAAAAUUCAAAUAAAAUUUCAACCUAUUGGGUCUAUUCCUCUAAUUACUCCAUCUGUCUGUACGAUAUCAUCUCAACAAACAUUUUCAAUGAUUAUAUUAUUUUUAAAGAAACGACUUAAAGUGGAACAAGUGUUUUGUUACAUUAAUAAUUCAUUUGCACCUAACCCUCAACAGACUAUCGGUAGCUUAUGGUCUCAAUUCAAAGUUAAUGAUGAACUUAUAGUAAGCUACUGCGGGACAGUUGCAUUUGGUUAG